AUGCCACCAUUGCCAACUAGGCCACCAUUGCCAACCAUGCCUACAUUUCCAGCUACACCUACAUUACCAACUAUGCCACCAUUGCCAACUAGGCCACCAUUGCCAACUAUACCUACAUUUCCAGCUACACCUACAUUACCAACUAUGCCACCAUUGCCAACUAGGCCACCAUUGCCAACUAUACCUACAUUUCAAGCUACACCUACAUUACCAACUAUGCCACCAUUGCCAACUAUGCCUACAUUUCCAGCUACAACUACAUUACCAACUAUGCCACCAUUGCCAACUAUACCUACAUUUCCAGCUACACCUACAUUACCAACUAUGCCACCAUUGCCAACUAGGCCACCAUUGCCAACUAUACCUAUAUUUCCAGCUACACCUACAUUACCAACUAUGCCACCAUUGCCAACUAUACCUAUAUUUCCAGCUACACCUACAUUACCAACUAUGCCACCAUUGCCAACUAUACCUACAUUUCCAGCUACACCUACAUUACCAACUAUGCCACCAUUGCCAACUAUACCUACAUUUCCAGCUACACCUACAUUACCAACUAUGCCUACAUUUCCAGCUACACCUACAUUACCAACUAUGCCACCAUUGCCAACUAUACCUACAUUUCCAGCUACACCUACAUUACCAACUAUGCCACCAUUGCCAACUAGACCACCAUUGCCAACUAUGCCUACAUUUCUAACUACACCUACAUUACCAACUAUGCCACCAUUGCCAACUAUGCCUGCAUUUCUAACUACACCUACAUUACCAACUAUGCCACCAUUGCCAACUAGGCCACCAUUGCCAACCAUGCCUACAUUUCCAGCUACACCUACAUUACCAACUAUGCCACCAUUGCCAACUAUGCCUACAUUUCCAGCUACACCUACAUUACCAACUAUGCCACCAUUGCCAACUAUACCUACAUUUCCAGCUACAACUACAUUACCAACUAUGCCACCAUUGCCAACUAG